UUUCCCUGGAUGCAGAUGACGGUCGCGGCAAGGUGUUGAUUUCAUGAAAUUGGUAUAGUAAUUCGAUUUGUUAUUUAAUGACUCUAAUUGUUAAAGCACUGAACUUGAUUUGAUCUGCGAAGGUUUGAUUGAAGUUUGAUCUAUGAGAGGUUGAAUUUGACUUUGAGGGUUAAGGAAACACUGAGUCUUGUCGGCAAAAACUUUAAGAUUCAAAAUCACCAAUGCUCUAAUUAGUUAUUCCGGGCAACGCUCACUCCCUGAGAUUUGACGAACGAAUGCCCUAAUUUUAUUGAUAAUUGAAAGAAGAGUUGAAGUGUUAGAAGGGUUAAGGAAACACUGAGUCUUGUCGGCAAAAACUUUAAGAUUAUAAAAUCACCAAUGCUCUAAUUAGUUAUUCCGGGCAACGCUCACUCCCUGAGAUUUGACGAACGAAUGCCCUAAUUUUAUUGAUAAUUGAAAGAAGAGUUGAAGUGUUAGAAGGGUUAAGGAAACACUGAGUCUUGUCGGCAAAAACUUUAAGAUUAUAAAAUCACCAAUGCUCUAAUUAGUUAUUCCGGGCAACGCUCACUCCCUGAGAUUUGACGAACGAAUGCCCUGAGCAAUGCGUCGGAGGUCCAGAGGUACCGGGAUUCAAAAUUGCUUACUCUCCACUCCUAUGUUUACUCCGCGCGGUUGCAAUGGUUUUGGGUCCAGGGGUCUCAACCAAUCAGGGCGCUAAGCAAGCUUAAGCUAAUUACUCAUAGGGCAGACCUGUCGUCGCGGGUCCCAGCUCUUCCGCCAGCGGCUCCGCGGUCACCGGGUAUAGUCGAUUCAUGCUAGUUCUUCGACUCUUUUUUCCCAGGUUACUCCUUCAAGAUCUAAAUACCCAUACGCACAUUUCAACGUCCAUACAUCUCAUAUACCCAAUAGGUCUCUGUCCCUUAGUCUCACGGGUCCUCUUACAUAUUUUGGGGAAUUUUGGGAUCAUCGCAUCGAUGAAGUUAAGUCGAACCUAGUCUAUUCUUUUUGACGAUCUCCUACUCAGCAAAGCUCUUGCUUUCUGGGAACCAUCGCUAUACGUGACUUUGUAGCGCGUUUAUCGUCAACAGCACUUGAGAUCGGAAGUGCGGCCUCAGAUUACCCUAGCACCCAGACACAUAUACUUGACCACAUCGAUACGAUUCCUCCGCUACUCCCAAACCUAACAUCCCUCGCCUGUUAUAUUCUAAACACUUUAUGACCACAUUGGGUAUUUUUCCGAUUUGUUUAUGCCCGGGCAAUUAGGCGCGACGGUGUUGAUUCUAAGUUGGUAUGAGUUGAAGAAACUAUGGAAUCGCGAGAAGAACAUGAUCGAAUCUACGGAAAAAGAACAUUUGGAUAGUAUACUCACAGAGGCGACCGAAUAUCUCAGAGAUCCCAACAAACCGCCAGAAGAUGCACUUUCUAUCAUCAGAAAGGGACUGCUCUCCAAUCCGCGUUCGCAUCACCUUUAUUCUCUAAGAGGCGAUAUCUGCGUUAAAAAAGGGAUUUGGAAUAGGGCAAUUGAAUGGUACGAAGCAGCGAGAAAGAUGUUGCAAUUUGACGAUAAAUACUCUCAUAGUGAAGCAAUACAGCUUCUAUACCAUGAAAAGUUGAAAAAUAGUUAUCGCGAAAGAGGACGAUGGCACGAGAAAAAUCGCAGGUUGAUCGAAGCUGUAGCCGAUUACGAACAAGCCUCACUUUUUUACCCAAAUAUUGAUGAAAUCUACGAGUUACAGAAUUCGCUUUUGCGGUGUCUCCGCAAACUGGAUAAAUAUGAGGCGUAUCGCGUUGCAUGGUCCGAGUUCAUGAAGGGGGCGAGACCGCAAAGAUCCGCUGACUUAAUGACCCAACAUGCGGAAUUCAAAAUUCACAUCCGAGAAGUCGCUGCCGCGCGUAGAAUGUUACGGAAAGCAGUAUCUUUGGACGAGCAGAAUAUGGAAGCCCGAGAUUUGUUGGAGGUGAUCGUCGAUACCGGGCACACCAUGCUUGCCUAUGCGAUAAUUUGGUGCAUCAAUGGAUGCUACGAUAAAGCUUUGAUAACGAUCGACAAAGGGACUGACUGCGAUCCUUACAACCCGGGUUUCACCGUGCUGAAAACAAUAGUUCUUCGGCUCUCUGGUCGUCUCGAAGAAGCUUUUCAAUGGCUCGAUAGUGUGAACAGAGCUUUUUACAAGCUGCUUGAACCUACCCAUAAUAAACGAGGAUCUAUUAUGGGAAAUCUGAGCGUUAGCCAGACCAGAGCAAUGUUGAUUGACCAGUGGUAUUUGAUCAGGUACGAUAUGGCAGUAGAGCAUGCGAUAAACGGCAGAUACGAGAUGGCCUUGAAAGUUCUGCGGAACGAACAAAUUCUGAAAAAAUUUGCGGAAUCAAGGUUGCUGAUGGGCGAUAGUUUACAACGUCAAGGCAAAAUUGAUUCUGCUUUGAAAGCGUUUUUACAAGCACAUGAACAAAGUGUUGCGACUGGGUGCUGGCAGAAGUCAGAAAAGAAAAACCUCAUUGCCCAACGUAUAAUGGAAAUCCUAAACAGUCGGGCACUUUCAGACGUCCAAAAGAGGCAGAGCCGAAGAGCUUCGAAAACCGUUGAUGAUUCACUGAAGGUUGUAAGAGAAGAAAAAGUGGGGAUCACGAAACUCGGAAGCCAGCGUGGCGAGGCUUUGAUGUACGUGGCACGGUCCGGAUAUCAAACGUCGCCGACGAUCUCGAAAUCUCGUGAUCAAUGCUUGAGAACAUUGGCCGACAGCAUAUCAUUCGCCAGAGGUGUAGAUGAUGGUGGAUUACGCGGUGCUUUAUUGGGCGACGAUCCGAACCUUGAGCGGGUGAUCGGUUGUUUUGCGUCUGAAAAAAAAUUUCCGUACCAUACAAAGAUUCUGCUGCAAAACUGAUUUGGCAAAAAAUGCAAAUCAUGUCAUGUUUCAAGCUCUUAAUUGUAAUGGUCAACCGAAUAAAAUUGAUGAACAUAAUUCCUAUCCGGAAAUUCCUACGUUUGAACUAUAUAGUUGUAAUAAAAAAAGUAGUAUGUAUUAGAAAUACAUAUAUACUAUACAUAAAUUAGGGUUACGCGAAUUUCACUUCUGUUCUUUAAUUUUCAGUCUUACCCGAAAAUUUCAUUGCUUAAGGUCAGAAAAUGAAUCUCGCGUGAAUUGUAGCUGUCGCUCAACAAUUUUGAGAAUUUUUUUUUUUUUUCAAUUUUUUGAAGUUCUUAAUGAUUUGGCAUGGAAUACCCCAUAUACAGAGUGUCAAUCAACUCCCGCGACGGCUGAAUAUCUUCUCAAGUAUGAUAUUUUUGAAAAAGGUUACGGUCACUUCUUCAGUUAUAUCUAUGGUUCAGCGAGGAAUUCAUUGGUGACCUUCGAUUUAACCUUGAACUUAAACUGCAAGGUUAUUACGCGGUCGACUUUGUGUCUCCAAUGCGAACCCCCUUUUUUGAUACUGGCAAUUGGAAGAGCAUGAAAUCUUACGUUCCAC